CCUCCUGGAGUCCCGCUAUUAUAACAGGAUCAUGACUCAAAUAUUUUAGUUGGCAGUUCUGCGUUUGUUCUGUUAGGGAAGGGUGGUACUACUGGUAUUUCUGCUGCUGGUUUUUGUUUAGUUUUGUUUUUUUGUCUUCAGAAAACAGGCUAAAGUAGUAAGGGAUGAGCGACAACAUGGUGUUCUGCCAUGGGGUGCUGGAUGUAGGUUGCCAGAGGACACGAUAUAACAAUUGUGUGUACUGCAGCAUUAAAAUAUUAAUCUUGGUGAUCACAGAGCCAGCCCCAGCUGGGAACUUUAUAAGCCCUGGACCGAUUUGCCCAUUGCUAUACUACUCACUUUGCACCUUUAAGGGCAGGGUAGAAUUAAUGGGUGUGAUGUUUCUAACUGCACUUUCAAAAAACCAUACGUUGAAUCUCUGAAAUAUUUUAUUUCUUUAAUAAUGAUUUAACUUUUCCUUAGGCUACAAUGAGGCUUUGUUUUCUUGUUUUGUAAAGGUAGGGGGUAUGUUUAUGCUGCUGAGGAAUAAAUGUCUUGUCUAUUUUCAGUUACAGCCAGUACCAACGAAUGCUGAGUACUUUAUCACAGUGUGAAUUUUCAAUGGGAAAAACUCUUCUGGUGUACGAUAUGAACCUGAGAGAAAUGGAAAAUUAUGAAAAAAUCUAUAAGGAUAUAGAAAAUAGUAUAGCUGCAGCACAUGAGAAGAUUUCUGAAUGCAAAAAACAAAUCCUGCAAGCAAAAAGGAUUCGAAAAAAUCGCCAAGAAUAUGAUGCAUUGGCCAAAGUUAUACAACACCAUCCAGACAGACAUGAAACAUUGAAGCAGCUGGAAGCUUUGGGAAAAGAGCUGCAGCAUCUUUCUCACAUUAAAGAAAAUGUUGAGGAUAAGUUGGAGCUGAGAAGAAAGCAGUUUCAUGUUCUGCUGAGCACUAUCCACGAGCUUCAGCAAACCCUGGAAAAUGAUGAAAAACUUUCAGAAGCUGAAGAAUCUCAAGAAACUCAGCUGGAAACAGAGACCAAACAGUAGAGGAAUACUGACUAUGCUAUUGAAGAUGGUCCAAGUGUUUUCACUUUGCAUUGAAACAAACAGUAAGAGAGACAGAGCUGAAAAAUAGUUUUCUACUGCUUCUGUGAAUUUUUAUACAAAAAUAACUUGUUUUGCUUAUGCUUCAGGGGAAAGCAGUUACAGAUGUGUGCAGACAGACACUUUGCGUUAACCCACAAACUUUGUAAUUUGCGACAAUUUUGGUUAUUUGGAUGAAGCUUCUGCACAGUACUUGUGAACUAAGGUGUUUGUAAAACGUUGUCAAUAAAAGGUGUUUACAAAGA